AUGGUAACAAAUUAUUUCUCUAAAUGGGCCGAGGAAGCAACGUACAAAAAGGUCCGAGAGAAGGAAGUGAUCGAUUUCAUUUGGAAUCAUAUAAUUUGCCGAUCCAAGAUCCCAAAGGAAAUCACUUAUGACAACGGUCCGCAGUUCAUUCGAGCUAAGAUCACAAACUUUCUCGAAGAAUUGAACAUCAAAAGGAUCACAUCUUAUCCUUAUCCUCCCAGCAGUAACGGCCAGGCGGAGUCAACAAAUAAGACGGUUAUCCAAAAUUUGAAGAAGAAGUUAGAAGAUGCCAAGGGGGUGUGGCCAUCAAAGUUAUCAGACGUGCUAUGGGCUUACAGGACCACGGCCAAAUCCAGUACCGGUGAAACUCCUUUCUCCCUUGUAUACAGGGCGAAGGCAUUGAUUUCGGCGGAAGUCGGGACCCCUAGUCCACGGUACGACUGGGCACAAGAGAAGACCAAUGCUGAAGCAACGUUGGUGCAGUUAGCCUUAUUGGAGAAGCAUAGAGACCUCGCGUACGUCCGUAUAGUUGCUCAGAAACAACUGAUGCAAUGA